UUCCACUCCAAACCAUUCUGGGAUUCUGUGGUUGUUUUGUUACUCAUGUUUAAUAGAACAUGUUAAAUUACUCUUCAAAAUUUAGUAUAGUUGGUCUAUUCAUUAGGAAAAUUUUGAUCAUGUGUAUGUGUUAACAAGAUUUUCCUGCCUGACCAUCCAGGUGCCGCUCUGGUGAUCACACUGCCACUGCCCUAGGCUGUCUCUGCUGGGACCAAGUCUCCUUUGCAGCUACAGCUCUGGUGAUCCAAGAGGUGCCUUGCUCGGCUCCUUCCACACACCAUGCUCAUACUGCCAGACAAGUUUCCUUGGCCCCAGGUUUCCUGUAGCAGAGUCCCUUUGGUUUUUCUAAGUAUUUCACCUGUGGUGCAGCAAUAUCAUAACAGCUCAGGGUGGUGCCUCUGCAGAGGGAUCCUGAACAAGGGGAGUCCUGGAUUUUUGUACCCUCACAGUCUCUGUAUUCUCUUGAUAUGUUUCCUCAUGUGCUUCUUGGUGCAGUGGUGGUUUUUGGUCUGGAGUCUUCUCAUUGUUCAUUGGGUCCUGCAGGGCUUUGUGCUGUUUGUGAGGCCAAAGAUCACCACCCAUUGCUGGCUCAUGGCCUGGUGCUUCAGUGAUCUCCCAGUAGCCAGGCCCCAUGUGCAGCUGGUGCACCCCAUCACACCUCAGCCACCAGCACUGGGAGACUCCUCAACAAUCUUUCUUGUGUUUUUAUUGAGCAUACCUGCUAAGCUGCCCUGUGUACUAAGCUCCAAAUAGUUAGCUCUGUGGUAUUUUAAUUUUAAUUGCACUGGCACAGUUUUUUGGCUCAGAUAGAUAACAUGAGAUUGUAGCUGCCUUGAAGGAAGAAAGUGUUUUCACAAAAUGGGAUUUUCACUAGUGAGUCUUCUCUUAAAGCUCUAUGACUAGGCUUGACUUUUUCGCUCUGUGUAGAUUCCAGCUGUUAAAGACUUAUCCCAAGUUACCAUCAUUCUUUGAUUUUUUUUUUUCUCCUCCAGCUGUUUGUCAUGUAAGUAUGUACUUCCUUUACAGAACUCGCUACAUCCAGACAGAAUUGGGAUUCCAUGAGAGACUGUUUGUGGCUGUGCUGACCUCCAAGGCCACACUGAACACAUUGGCAGUGGCAGUGAACAAGACAGUGGCCCACCACUUCCCACGCCUGCUGUACUUCACCGGGCUGCGCAGUGCCAAGGUGCCCCAUGGCAUGGUGCUGGUGGCCCAUGGUGACGAGAGGCCCAUUUGGCUCAUGUAUGAGACCAUGAACUAUAUCCAUCAACAUUUUGGUUCUGACUAUGACUGGUUCUACAUCAUGCAGGAUGACACCUAUGCCCAAGCUGAACAGGUCAAGGCUCUGGUGACACACCUGAGUAUUAACCAAGAUGUGUACCUGGGGCGAGCGGAGGAGUUCAUCGGGGGAGAUGAACAGGCCCGUUACUGUCACGGGGGCUUUGGCUACCUGCUGUCCCGUAGCCUCUUGCUUAAGCUCCACCCACACCUGGACAGCUGUCGCAAUGAGAUCCUCAGUGUGCGCCCAGACGAGUGGCUGGGUCGUUGCAUCAUUGAUUUCCUUGGCAUUACUUGUGUUUCCCAGCUCCAGGGCCAGCAUUAUCACACUUACGAACUGGCCAAGAAUACUGAACUGGAGAAGGAAGAAGAAGAGGAGUUCCAAGCAGCUCUUGCUGUGCACCCUGUUUCUGACAUGACCCUGAUGUACCGGCUGCACAAGCAGUUCAGCAGGAUCCAGCUGGACAGAGUCUAUCAGGAGAUCCAGGACCUCCAGAUGCAGAUCAGGAACCUGACAGCACUGACCCCUGCAGGUGAGGCAGGUGUGACCUGGCCUGUGGGCAUUAACGCUCCAUUCCUUCCAAAGUCCCGUUUUGAGGUGAUCAGCUGGGACUACUUCACGGAACAGCACCUCUUCUCCUGUCCUGAUGGCUCCCCAAAGUGUGAGCUUUCUGGAGCCAGUAAGGCAGAUGUCAGUGAAAUCAUCGAGUCUGCAGUGGAGCAGCUGAACAGUCUCUAUCAGCCCCUGCUCCGCUUCAGCAAGCGGCAGCUGCUGAAUGGCUACCGGCGCUUUGACCCCACACGGGGCAUGGAAUACACCCUGGACCUGCUCCUGGAGGCUGCCACCCAGAAGGGUCACAGUCAUGUUCUGGCCAAGAGAGUGAGCUUGGUACGACCCUUAAGUAAGGUGGAAAUUAUUCCUAUGCCAUAUGUGACUGAGGCCACACGGGUGCAAUUGGUGCUUCCCUUGACAGUGCAGGACCUGGAUUUUGUAGCAAACUUCCUGGAUAUGUUUGCUAUGAACACACUGGACACGCAUGAUAAUGCCUUGCUGACUUUGCUUUUUAUCUACCAUCCCUACGAUGCUCAGAGAGUUGGUCAGGUGGAUGUUUUUGCUGGAGUCAAAGCCAUGGUAGGAGAGCUAGAGAAACGCUAUGCAGAAGUUAAAAUCCCGUGGAUUAGUGUUAAAACAGAGGUGCCAUCACAGGUGAAGCUCAUGGAUAUAGUCUCAAAGAAGCACCCUGUGGACACACUGUUUUUCUUGGCCAGCGUUUGGACAGAGAUCAACAUGGAGUUUCUGAACCGCUGCCGCAUGAAUACCAUCAGCAAUUGGCAGGUCUUCUUCCCUGUGCAUUUCCAGGAGUUCAACCCUGCACUGGUGUACCGUGGUGAGCAGACAGCAUCUUCCAACACUGACUUCCUGAGAGAUGGGCAUUUUGACAGACAUUCCUUUGCUGAGGCCUGCUUUUAUAAUUCUGACUAUAUGACAGCACGUACCAAGCUCGCAGCCGAUAUCCUGGACCGAGAUGAGGUGCUGGAGAGCAUGGAGGUAUUUGAUGUCUUCCUCCACUAUUCUGGCCUGCACCUGUUCAGGGCUGUGGAGCCGGGGCUAGUGCAGAAAUAUACACUGAGAAGCUGCAAUCCCCGGCUCAGUGAGGAGCUGUACCACCGCUGUGUGCUCAGUAACUUGGAAGGACUUGCAUCCCGCUCACAUUUAGCUAUGGCUCUCUUUGAGCAGGAACAGGCCAACAGCACUUGAGAGAUGAGAAACAUCAAGAGCUUCUCAGCACCUUAACACUUGGCACUUUCCAUCACCUUCCCAGCCUUGCCAUGGGUGAAGGGGUAUGUGAGGUUAAGGGAAGAGGACUUUCCCAGAGCUACUCUGAGGCACAUGGGCUAUGAAAUGAGGCAGUUUCAGUAGAGGGGAUUUGGUUUGCUUUUGGGGUUUUUAAAAAUAAAUUUAAUUUUCUUUCCAGGCAGAGUAAUGUCAUCACUUGUAAACUUUGUAGCCUCUGGGAUGAGGGAAGUAAACAAGCUGUAGAAUGGAUCUUACUUAAAGCUAUGUAAUUCUGCUGAACAGUGCAGGGAGGGAGUGAGUAUGAGCUCUGUACUUGGACAAAAUUACAUUGACUGUGCUACUUUCAGGGCUAUUGCUGCACCCUCCUUUGUGUUUAUGCAUUUCACUUUUUCAAGAAGCAUAAACACAGUUUGUCUGGUUUAGCUGGACAAAGCUAUUCAACCACUUUCACUUUGCUGGUUUUGGCUCUUCAAGAGCUGCAGAGUGGUUCCAGUUUAAAUAUCUUGGGGAUGGAGACUUCAUAGUCCCUCCCAGGAGUAUGUUCCGGUGGAUAGCACUUGUACAGUUCAAAACUUCUUUCUCCUGUUUGAAUGAAAUUUCUUGCAUUUCA